CUUCCUUCACUGACGGCCUCCAGCCUUACGAACGAUGCCUCCCCACCCCACCCCCGGCAACCCGCGCACUCUCCUCCUCACGAUCGAUGCGUUCGGCACCAUCUUCCACCCCCGCGACCCCGUCCCCCAGCAAUACGCGUCCGCCGCGCACAGAUUCGGCCUCCCUCGCGCCACCGUCACCGCAGACCGGCUGCAAUCCGCCUUCAAGGCCGUCUUCAAAGCCCAAUCCCGAGCGUACCCCAACUACGGUCGCGCCCAAGCUCUGCGCGGCGAGUACGGCGGGCCAAGACAAUGGUGGGAAGAGGUGAUCCGGGGCAGCUUCGCGCGCGUGUUGGAUGUCCCUGGCUCUCGCUCUGCCACCACCGUUGAUGCCUCGUCCCCCACCCGCACAGACAGCACCUUACCCGACGGCCUCGUCCAACAUCUGCUCGACCGCUUCGCGUGCCGGGACGGCUACGCACUCGACGCCAACGCCGAUGCGUUCUUCACGCGGCUCCGCCACCUCAAAAGCACGAACUCGCGGCUGGGCCCGUUCGAUCGCGUCGUGGUCGGCGUGGUGUCCAACUCCGAUGACCGCGUGCCGGCCGUGCUGGAGUCGCUGGGCCUGCGGGUGGGGAUGUGUCGGGCCGACCAGGAUGUCUCGAGUACACAGCUGCCGGGGUUCGAGAUGCGGGAGCCGCGCGAUGCAGACCGAGUCAAUUGUCACCAAAGCGACGAGCGGAUUUACGAUCUGGAUAUGGUGAUCACCAGCUACGAGGCGGGAGCGGAGAAGCCCAGCCCCGUGAUCUUUGAGGUGGCCCGGCGCCAAGCCAUGAAGCUGGUGGGCGCGAGUGAGGGCAGCGAUGGACGCAACUGGACGUGCGUCCACGUGGGCGACAACUACGACAAGGACUACCGCGCGGCGAUAGAUGCCGGCUGGCAGGCAUUCUACAUCCCUCUCGGGGAUGACGCGAAACGGCCGUCCCAGGGGUCGAGGACUGGGUCGCUGUUGGACGUGAUCUCUGAGUUGCAGCGGUUCGAGUAGGGACACGGUGGGCGUAGUGGCUGUGCAGUACUGUACGUCACAUUUUCUGGCUCUCCGGCAGUAAUCCAACCAGGGGCGGUGCAGAGCAAAGUAAAAACGCUCCUGUCCGUGUAGAUAGCUCGAAUGCGCACUCCGAAGCUUUUCUGGUUGCACAAUGCCCU